UUUUAUGGUUCUAUUAAUUGGAUGGCUUGAUUCGUGUCCCAACGAAGGGUGGGUUGGGUCAAAGGGACUAUCAAAAUCGUUUGAUUGGUCUGUCUAGGUAGCCCUAUGCAAUUGGGAGCACAUAAUUUGUAGAGCUGUGGGAGCACUGGAUCAUUUCUCUAAUUAAAUUUCAGUUUACAUAGUUCAUAAUUUCUGUGGUCAGAUAUCCCAAAUACCAAAAGCAUUAGUUGAUGCAUACAAGAAAGUAACAAGAACGUAGGAGGUAAAAGUGCACAAAAGAUGUACCAAUGUCACACAAAAAAAAUUGCAAGUUAUUCUUACCAUGCCUCGAGAACAUUCCAAAAACGGUUCACCACAAUGCUUACCACAAAGAUCCUUAUGCAAAGGAGUUUGGCAUCAAAAUCAGUGAGAAACUUGCUUCGGUUGAAGCACGCAUUUUACCUGCACCUUGGGUUUGGGGGCUCCCUUGUGCCCACAAUUUCCAUGUGGAAUGCAUUGACGAGUGGCUCCGGCUGAAUGUGAAGUGCCCCCGUUGCUGCUACUCCGUCUUCCCUAACCUCGACCUCAGCACCCUCUCCAACCUUCACGCUGACUCUGGGUGCCCUCUGCUAGUGUUUUGACGGUCACAUUCUACGUGCAUACGCAGCUAGUAGGCCAGAGCUACUUGUUGAGGUUGUAAGGCCUGCUACGGACAAUCCGAAUGGAGAAUUCUGGCGGAGGCAAUGAUGAUGCUGGCCUGGAAGCAGCAGAAGAUGGACGGGCAGUGUUAUGUCAGGGUCCGCCAAGCACGACGACACCGGUGAUGACGGGCACGGCCAUCACUUUGUAUUAUUUGUGGAACCUAAUGCUAUGAAACAGUUUGAUUGAGUAAAACUUUAAAUAGACUGUUGUUAAC